AUGACAGGGCUCUGUCUCUCUGUCUGUAUACAUGACUCAGUGCAAAAAGAUACUCAUGUGGUGUCUCCCCAGUUUUUACCUUCAAAAACACCACGAAUAUUGCCACGCUCCUCCCCACUCUCCCUUUUCAUGCCUCUCAGGAUAACCCCCUGGUAUGUGCCAGGAGAGAGUGCAGUCACCACCCUUCAAAUAAGUGCACAACUGCAGGCAGCUAUGGCGGAAGUAACCAACAUUAUAUCCAGCAUGCUAUCAGUUCGUACAUCAGAAAGCCCCCUUCUCUUGAGCAGAGAUAUUAGCAGGUAUUGCCGCUCUGUUUGGCGAGAUCCCUCCCUACGCAAUUACAAUAGAUGUGGCUCCCUGGAUGUAUCUUAUAGCGGAGAAUCCUGCCUGGAUGUUAUGAUUCCAGACUCUCACUUACAAGGGUUUGCAAUUUGGCCAGCAAAUGGGAAUGAGCCAAUUCAGAUGAUACCUGAUGGGACAGGCGUUCCUGAUACUGAUUUUCUUCUGUAUGUGAGGGUAGCACAGACAAUAAAGUGUGCAGCGCAGCCUUCAGUUAUUGCCUAUGCCUCAUUCUGUCAGUUGGAUUCCUCUGGGCGCCCAAUUGCUGGGGUUAUUGUGUUCUGUAUGGAGCGUCUCAAAGAGGGCGAUUAUCAGCACAGCCAUAUUGUUCAGGCAUCACUUCAUGAGUUACUCCAUGCUCUCGGAUUCUCCAACAGUCUUUUUGAGUACUGGACAGACUGCAGCUUUUCCGAGCCAGGUGGAGCCUGUUCUUCUCGUUCUCGAGUCUCAAACACAGACGAGCAUGGCCAAUUUCGCAUUUACACCCCAACUGUGACACAGAAAAUGGGGGAACACUUUGGAGAGGCAAAUGUUGGUGCUCCAUUGGAAAACAAGGACUUUCCAUCUUCUCCCUCCUCACACUGGGAAUCUAGAAUCUUGCAGGGAUCAAUUUUGACGGCAUCACUCAGUCCUCCACACCUGUCCUUGUUGGACCCCAUUACAUUGGCUGCAUUCACAGACAUGGGCUGGUAUGGAGUGAAUACUAGUUUCAAAGGCCAGUUAGUAUGGGGAAGAGAUGCUGGACCUUCUUUCGGACAACCCUCUACAUGCCAUGACUCUUUCUCAGACUUUUUCUGCACAGGCAGUGAAAUUGGUUGUCAUCACCUUCACCUAGACAAAGGUAUCUGUACCACAGAUGCAUUUUUAGAUGGGUGCCGGAUCUACAAACCCCUUCCAAAAGGGGGUGAGUGUUGGCUAGAGCGCAAUGGUGGGGAACCAGAUGAGAUUUAUCAUGCCCAGAGUCGUUGCUUUUUCUCCAACAUAACAAAAACUCCACCGUACCAAAAAAUUACAGGACGCUGCUAUCUACAUCAGUGCCUGGCUUCAAACACCUUUCAGGUUAAGGUUCAGGGGUCAGAGUGGAUGGACUGCCCAUCUGGGCAGUGGGUACAGGUGGCUGGAUUUGAGGGUUUCUUAAAGUGCCCAUCUGACAGACUAUGUAUGGGUUUCCCAUACCCUCCUGCCCAAUCCCCAACUGCAGGUUCAAGCACUAUACACUCAGAGGCCACAAGAGAGGUUAACAUAACCUCAAAUCAAAGUAUGGAAGUAAGAGUGCUGGUGACUUUAACUCAAAGCCUAGAAGGAAGCACAGAAAAAAUAAUGCUUCUACUGGAUGAAGUUCUAGAUGUUAUCUCUCAAGUGGCAGAAGUGCAAAGGUGUCUUCUACACGUGCCUUCACAGAUCGAUUUAGGCUCAUCAUUCACAUUAACAAUAAGGAGUUCCCAUAAUUGCCCUUCACCAGCUGUUUAA